CAGAUAGCGAAUUGGCUUUCCAGGUUUUGCACCAAUUUGGCAUUGGUUCAAUUUUCCCUUCUUUUUUCCCUUUUUUCAAUUCGAGUUUUAUUUUAUAUUCUUAUCGAUUGAUAUAGACAAAUUUGAAAUUUACCUUUUAUAUUUGAAAAUGGCUCUUCGUUUUGCGUCCAAGAACAUUCCUGCUAUCGCCCAGCGCGGUCUUGCCAUGCGUCUGACCCCCGCCGGUGUCUCCGCCGUCAGAGCGUACUCGACCCAGAACGAGCGCAUUCCUGCCGAGCAGAAGGCCAACAGCAUUAUUGAUGCAUUCCCUGGAAACUCGCUGGUCGCCAAGACCGGCUACUUUGCCAGCGCCACCGGUCUGACCGCCCUGCUGAUCUCCAAGGAGAUCUACGUCGUCAACGAGGAGACCAUCCUCCUCGUGGCCUUUGGCUCCAUCCUCGCAGUCCUUUACAAGGCCAUCAAGGAGCCCUACACCAGCUGGGCAGACUCCAGCCUGAAGGCCAUCGAGAACCUCCUCACGACAGCUCGUGGUGAGCACAAGUCGGCGGUCCUCAGCCAGAUCGAGGCCAAGUCGCAGCUGAAGGACAUUGUUACCUACACUAAGAACAUGUUUGGCAUGUCCAAGGAGAUCGCCACCAUGAAUGCCGAGGCAUUCGAGCUGCAGCAGAAGGCUGCGCUGAAUGCUGAGAUCAAGUCUGUGCUGGACUCGUGGGUGCGUUAUGAGAGCUCCGUGCGCGAGAGCGAGCAGAAGGCUCUGGCCGAUAAGGUUAUUGGUAGCGUGCGCAGCCAGCUCACGAAUGCGAAGACCCAAGAUGAUAUCAUUGCUCAGUGCCUCCGUGACAUCCAGGCUAUUGCCAAGACUGCCUAAGAAAAAAUUAAGUUUAGCCUUUUCUCCUCUUCUUAUUUUUUUGUGUGUGUGCCUUGUAAAGGAUAACCCUGAAUACCAUUUGUUUUCUUUCUAUGAUUCGUAACUCUGAAGAAUAAUAA